AUGCAUGUCAUGUACACGGAGCCGCCGGCGCAAUAUCGCAGCAUUCAGCCCCAGAGCACUCAUUCUGAGUACCAGCCGGACUCCCCGGCGCGUCACCAGCCAGCCAAGAAGCGACGCGUGCUGAGCCCCUCGGCCUCACACCUAACGCAACAACAAGUACAAACUGACAACACCGGAUACAAGGUAAUGAAGAUACUUCAGCGAGUUUGUUAAGAAACGCUAGGAAUUUUAUGAGAGGUAAAUUUUCGGAAUAUCUGAAUGGUAUUGAUCUGUAUAGCUUUAACGAACGCAU